UUGGGUUCUCCUCUGCAGGGCGGGGUUUUGCCCCAUGCUGACGGGACUUGACUCAACCUCUCAGCUUUCCUGUCUCUGAGGCAACUAACAGCAGGACAUUUCAACACAAAGAUGGCCCAACUAGGUGCCGUGCUGUGCAGAACACUUCUGCUUCCCUUUAUGGAGCAAACAACCUCCAGUUCUGGAUGUGUCUAAAACCUGGAGCCCUUGCCCCACCCUCCCAUGCACAUGCAGAGCUUGGCUGAGGCUGGGCUGCACAGGCCAUGCUGGUUGUGCCAUGCUAGCCAAAAAGAGCAGAUCAUGAAUCUCCUCCACUCUGCAGGUCCCAUGGGGCUGUGAAAACCCAGCCUGCAGCACGUUCAUGUUGGCUGUCAUGAGAUGAGAACCUAACUUGCCCUCUCGUUCCUUGCAGGAACCCUUCCCUCUCAUCAAGAGUCUGGGCUCUUUUCUGGAUGAGACAGCAGGGCCCGGUGGGCCUCACACUGCCCGGCAGCAGCAGAGUCCAGUGUCCAAGCUAGAAGUGCACAAACAGCUGCUGCUCCUCCUCCUCCUCCACCUUCUCCUCCUCCUCCACCUCCUCCUCCUCCUCCUCCUCCUCUUUCUGCUCAUGCUGCUUCACAGUCAGCUACUUCCUGGCAUUGCACACAGCUUCUCACCAACCAUUAGGAAAGAGCUUCUGGUUUCAGAGGAGAGGGACCCUGCUGCCAUCCGAAGAGGCUUGCCUUACACAAGUCCUCCUUCUUGGAUGCCUCUGAUGGCCUUUGGAAAAGAGGAGAACUCGUAGGAAAGUGUCCACUGAUGGAAAAUGAGGCACCCGGAGGGGAAAGGGGCCAUGGUGCGGCACCUCCAAGCAAAGUUCAAAGGCAACAGGGAAGAUCUCCCCGAAGCGGGCAGCUGGCUGGAGAGUCGCUCGGCAGCAUCCCCUGCAACGGAGCCAGGACAGAUGCCUGUGCUGGGCUCCAAGGGUGAGCCACCCCCUGAGUCCCCUCGGACCAGGAGGGUGGACUUCAGCAGGGCUCCUCCACCUCACAGCAAAGGUCAGAGUGUGGGACAGAGCUCGCUUCCUCAUCCCGUUUCUGAGACCCUGGAGUGGAUGGCACGACUGAAGAAGGGUAUUGCUCAGGACAUCAGCUCCCAGCCAGCCCCUGCAAAGCCAGGAGGAAGAGACGUGUUGAACAAGGAAGUUGGAGCCACCUCUGAUCCUCCCCAGAGAAACCAAGCCCAGCAGAAAUGGCCGCUCGUCAAAGACAAGGGUGCUCCAGCAGUUCCAGCCAAAGGUGCAGCCGUUGCAGCCUCCCCAGAUGCUGUGGGAAGCACCCAGGAGACAGGGCACCCCACUCUGCCUCGGAGGAAGCCUCUGCCACAUGUCAUGACACUGGGAGCGAGGCCGGCCAAGCCCAGGCGCCCUCCUGCCGUGGAUCUGGAGAAGUUCCGUGCAGCUGCACGUCCUGGGAUGCCCGGCCGUCCUGCUGUGGAGCCAAGGAGCGCUAAGCUGGGUUACCCAAAACCAGGUUGUGUGGCAUCAGGCCCAGCGCGGUUCUCACCGCGGGACGCUCCAAGUGCAGCAGGGGAUGAAGAUGAGAUAUAUGAUGAUGUAGAGACCGUUGGGCCGGUCAAGAGAGACCAAAGUGUUCCACUGCCACCCACGUCGCGACCACCAGCGUAUCUCCGUCCUGGAGGAGGAGGAGGUGCCGGUCGAGCCUCUGGCAGGUUUGCCCUGUUGGCAGCUGUGCAAAGAGAAGCCCAGGCCUCCCGAAAGAUGAAGCCAAUGACACUCAAAGAAUGCAAGAAGGAAGAGAAGGCAGACAGGGAGUUUCAGAAGAAAUUCAAGUUUGAAGGGAGCAUCAAUGUCCUGACCCAGAUGAUGGUUGACCCUGCAGUGACGGAGAAGAGGGGUGGAGGGAAGAAUCUGCCACUCAGACGGGGAGAAAUUCUUGAUGUGAUUGAGUUUACAAAUAAGGAGCAAAUCCUCUGCCGAAACAGCCAGAGGAGGUAUGGCUAUGUGCCCCGGGCUGUGAUGCUACACCUGGACACUGACAUCUAUGACGACGUUGAGAUUUAUGGUUGAACAAUCCGUGCUAAAGCCGAAGUCAUGAUGCACACCAACAGAGACCUCUCCAAAGGCCAAAACAUGGAAAGUACUAUACGCCACGCUCUUGCUUUGGAAGGAGGUCUGCUUCCUCUGAGAUAGCUUGCAAAAGCCACCACAUCCCUGCUGAAACAGCAGCGAGGCUGUUCAGCACACGGGGGGGCUGCAAUGAUCCUGUCCCACAGAGGCAGGGACAAUGGAUAUCUCCAUACCAAAUCUCCAUAUCAAGCCCUGUCUGUGGCCUAGUUUUGUAUGUGUAAAAUAUAGCAGUGAU